AUGUUGCAGCCCGACCCACGGGGCAGUGCGCUGCAGGCCGCUUCUGAUGGAGGACACGCCGAGAUCGUACAGCAGCUCCUCAAGCACGGCGCCGAUAUCAACGCGCAGGGCGGAGAGUACGGCAACGCGCUGCAGGCCGCUUCUUGUAAAUUACACGUCGAGACUGUACAGCAGCUCCUCGAGCACGGCGCCGACGUCAACGCGCAGGGUGGGUACUACGGCAACGCGCUGCAGGCCGCUUCUUACGGAGGAUGCACCGGGAUCGUGCGGCAGCUCCUCAAGCACGGCGCCAACAUUGAUACGCAGGGCGGGGAGUAUGGCAACACGCUGCAGGCCGCUGCGGCACCCUACUCCUCUCCUCACCCUCAUUAA